AUGGGAAGCUGGGAUGACCAUUUACUCCUGAUUGAGUUUGCCUAUAAUAACAUCUUCCAAGCCAGUAUUCAGAUGACACCAUUUGGAGCCUUGUAUGGAAAGAAGUGCAGGUCACUCAUUUGUUGGGAUGAUAUUAGUGAAAGAGGGCUUUUGAGGCCAGAAAUCGUUCAGGUGACCUUAGAUAAUAUAACAUUGAUUCGAGAGAAGCUCAAGAUACCUCAGAGUCGGCAUAAGAGUUACGUCGAUAAUCGAAGGAGAGACCUCGAGUUUGAGGUGGCUAAUCGGCCCGACCCAUCCUAUGUCCUAAGAUAUGAGCCUUUAUCGAUCAGAGAGUAUAUGAACUUCAUUGAGCAGCCAGUUCAGAUACUGGAUAUGAGGGUGGAGCUGUUGCGUAACAAAGAGAUUCCUCUAGUCAGUGUAUUGUGGCAAUAUCAUUCAGGAGGAGAGCUGGGAACAGGAAUAUGA